AUGGAGGUGGACGUGCCGGACGAGGAGCCGUCGGUCCCCAACGAUUCGGCGUACAGUGACUACUUUCUCGACUACAAAUCAAGUGAGUUUGCAUUUGGAUUAGUCGCAUUGUUGUAAUAGGGGUCAAUGGGAAGCAGUUUGGCACUUUGUUAGCAUGCCACUGAAGGACCACAGGGGGUAGGGGUAAACAGGAAAACGAGCAGAGAUCUGUUGGGCGUCAAUGCGAGACAGGGUGUCACUUUUUUCUCGAUUCUACCCUUCCUAUUGUGAUCUUGAUAUUGUAGACAUCAAGUUUCAGUGCUUCACUGUUCCAACGCGUUCACAAAGUUUAACAUUCAGAAUGUGCUUGGAUGUUACCCUGGCUCGAAAUUUCUAAACAGUUUCACCGUGUUCCCAACUGUUCCUUUGCUAUUUUUCGGAAGUUUGUUCUUCUUCGGAGAAACUGCGAAAAUUUUGGUAGUUUUCUGUAUCUUUCACUGAAAAUCUGGCAAAUGAUACUAAAAGUUCAAAGGCCUCUGUUUCGCAAUGUCUUAAACUUGGACGGUCUCGUCGGCUGACCACUCGAAUUAGCUUCCCGGUUCGAUUUCUUGUCAUUUAAAAAGAUACAAUAUCAGUUUCACAUGGUCCCUAACUCGACACAUUUCUUAACCUAAAGUCAUUUCUGGGAAGUCCCUCCUUCGUUCAGCUCUUUCUCGCCCUUUUCACAAAUCUCCUCUCCUCUUCCGUCGCGCAAGGUGUCAUUGUUCUCUGAGACACACGUGCCGCCACUUAAUCCCCUCCACCAGUUGGUCGGUCCCUUCCAUUCACACCCAUCGCCCUCACCUUGACGAACCACCGCCUCGAGAGCGUCCGUUUGCCGCCAAAUGAUGUUGUUGUAACAUUUCCUUUGAGAACGAAUGAGAAUGAUGAUGAUGACGAUCACCGGCGGUUUCUUUUUUGAUUGAGCACAAAUACAGGGGGGGAGGGGGCAAAUGUCACUGGUAGUCAGUGUUUUUGCAUUGUUAAACUUUGAGCGAGAGAGGAGGUCACGACAGGUAGGAAGGAAGCGGGAGAAGGAGUGAUAGUACAACACAAAUGUUAUUGCAAGACGGAUAAGUUUAUGGCCGGCAAGUUGUAAACGAGCGAGAUAAAGUGAUAUUGGGAAUGAAUGAGACAGAGGUUAAUGGAAUAUAUAUCAGCUGUCGACGGGUUGACUACGGUAUUACAAGUGCAAGUAGUAUGUAGUACUACUGUUUCAGUAACUUCAGUAAGAUGUGGAUAAAAGAGAAUAUUGAUAUCACUUCAUGGAUCUUGAACGUUCUCCAAAGAGAAAGUCACUUGUUUACUGUUUGGUCACUUUUGCUGUUUUUUUAAAUGAAAUUUAAUAAAACAAACUGAAAUGCAGACAACUCUCUUAGACGUCUGAAUAGUUCCAAUUUGGAACUUCCAAUAGAAAUGAUCGCGUCGAAACACAAAUCUACCGAAACCCAUUGUUGUAUCUCAGCUGCCGGUAGAGAUAUCAAAAAGUUGUCAACUGAAAAAUUGCUCAUGAAGAUAUUGUGCAUAUUUUAUCAGUUGAUCACUUUUUGAUAUCUCAACCGACAACUGAGAUACAUUGGCGUACAGUUUCACCAAUCUUCUCGAACAAUACGCUUUCUUUUCUUCCAUCUCAAAUGUUUAUGUCGUCUUCCUCACAGCCGCAAGCAUUGUGGUCCCUCAAGAAAACAAAAAUGAACCUCUCUCUCUCUCUCCUUCCACUCUCAAAAUCACGUUUCUGCGUCUCCUCCGCCCACAGUGGUCCCUCAAAAUCGCGAGCAGUUGGUUUAGUUUGGAGGGUGUGAUUUUUAUGAUGAAUCGGCGGUUUUCUGGCUCAAACGUGUGGCAAUUGGUGAGUGGAGCUGGAAAAACGUCAUGGGGAGAGGCAAGGAAGUGUAAAAUUAUUAGUGGAAGAAGAGGCGGAAGAAGUAUCAAUGGGGGACCACAUGAAAAAUGAGCACACUUCAAAGAAUUGGUACUGAGUACGGUAACAUUGACUUGAGGCGCGUUCUGAAACAGGGAACAGAACUUUUAGAAUCGUAAUCUAGAUUUGAGGGGUUACUAGUCACUCGGCAAUAAGGAUUGGAUUGGGUCUCGCCACGAAAACAGUUCUUACUGGUGGUUGGGUAAUAGUGACUACACACUGUUAUUGCUCAUGAAUUGGUAGAUUGAUAGUUGUCGCAGUUGAGAAACGGAAAAUUUGGUUGGGGUCUCGCAACGAGACCCCAUACUGUAGGCCUUCCGUUACGAGACCCUUUCUCCGACGCUGACAAAACCAGUGCCUUCCCUAGCAACGCCAGACACAUGAGCAAGUGUUGAAACAGAAAUGUGAGCAGCGCGAGCGAGUCACAAAUAAUUACCGUUCCGUACCGUUCACAUAAUCAUCAUCAUCGGGACAAUACGACAUAAAUAAGAGAGAUGCCUCGGCCACAGACCGCAGCAGCUGUUGUUGCUUAUUCGAAUUACACCCCCCUUUGCUUCGUUUGCUUCCUUAUACCCUCCAAUCCAACAAUCCGUUCUAAUAUGGCAUGACACAUUGGCCCUAUCACCGAUAGGUUUCCCUCUGAUUUCCCUCUGAUUUCCCUCUGAUUUCCCUCAUUUCUUCCCCCUCUUCUUUUGCCUUCUGUCAUUUGACCUUCUUCGUCGUCACUUUUAUUGUUUAUCGAAGGCAUGAUGUGUGUCCUUUUGGAAAGAGCCACGCCAACAGCACCGAGACACGUUUAUUACUCGCAUUUUAUUAGUUGGAUUUCGAAAAAAAACACACACAGGGAACGGCUGGCUGGGAAAGCGAUUCGAAAAAGUGAUUGGACGGCAAGAGAAAAAGAACGAGGCGCGCACUUUUACUGUUUCCAAAUGACGACAUGUUCGAGGUUGUACCACAAAAAAAAACAAUAUCUAGGUGUCCUUUUGAUCUAGAAACUUCUAUUCAUCACUGCUUCAUGAGGUUUGGAAGUGAACAAAGUUAGUGAUGGAAGUACUAGUAGGGUUGCAUCUAGAUCAAUUUUCCUUAUUUCCCUGCUUCAAGUAGUCUGUAUGAUCACUUCUCAAUGGACAAUAGCUAGAUGACAAUCAGAACAAAUGGAUUCCUGUUUCAUGAUCUUUUCCAUGACACUUUGCUCUCUAAUUUUCCACUGUAAACGUGGCCUAACUUUUCAAACUCGGCCCCGAGGUCGCUAAAUUUGCACUGCAAAAAGAGUUUCUCCACUCUAAAAUAGUACCGUUUCAAGAACUUCCCAAGAGAAAUUCAGAUUUUCAUCCAAAUUCCUGUAUCGAAUCGCCAAUCAAUCUAUUCUGGAACACUACUGUUUCAAUAGGGCCACAUGGUUGAACGCUCAUUUUGACAAUUCGAUGGUUGUCCAAUUAUGUUCUCUCAAGUUAUCAGUUAUCCUCUAGACGUUAUUGUUUCAUCAAGUACUUAACUAUUUGCUCCAAACUUUUCAGUUUCAACACGUCCUUUUCAAUUCGCUGCUCCAACUUUUCACAGUUCACUCCUUUUGAUCACCUCAACAUUCCUAUUCUCCAUUUCAAAGACGAUUUCACCUAUUUUACACAUGUCUUCUUCUUUCUCUUCCUCUUCUUGUCCUUCCGGUCGUAACCAUAUACGUAAUACAUCUUGAAUAAACACACCAACUGGCCCGCCAAUCCACAACGACCUUCACAAAGAGAGAGAGAGAGGGAAGAAGAAGAAGAAGAAGAAGAAGAAGAAGAAGAAAGCAACAUGUUCGAUACGGUUGCCACGUCUUCUUAAAACAUCUGUCGUCGGCCCAUCAGAAUCCGCCCGUUUUCGAUUGAAAUCUUUGGAAUGAGAAAGAGAAAGAGAAAGAAGAACAAACAGAAAGCCCAUUGAACUGAAUAUAUAUCUCUGUUUUUUGUUCCCCAUCCUUUUUCGGCACUUUUCAAUCGUCUCUGCGUCUCCGCGACGCCCUGCUGAUCUCUCGGACCGUCCGGUAAACGCUUUCAAUAUCUCAUUACCGCACCACACUUUACGAGCGUGACUAAUCGCCCGCCACUGUUCCCUUUUCUGCCUUUUCCUAGCGGUUUUUCGCCGGGGCCGGGUCUUGAAACGAACAUUUCGUGGCGAGACCCACUUUUGAGUUGUUAAAGAUUUGAUGGAACUGGAAAAGUUACAGUUUCAUUAGCCUAUCACAUUUUUAACGUGUUUUCCAAUGAACACUUCGUUCCUUUUGUUCUAUUCGCCCAUUUCUUUUUCCUCCAACUUUCAUAGGAGCAAAGAAAAAGUUGGCAGCAGCUAGAUUGUAGCGUAGAUAUCGGACCCAUUCCCCGUUAAUUUCAUUUUCUUCUCGCCACUUUUUCGCACUCCAAUUCUUUGUUUUUUUGAAAACAUUUCGGUUGUUUUUGUUUCUGUUUCAAGUUGAAGAUAAGUUCUAGCUUCAACAUUCACACUGCUGCUUUGUCAAGAGUUGGAUAAUUGGGAUGUAUCUUUUCCGUACUCUGGUCCCAGUGGUUCAUAGAUCUGACCAUAAGAAACAACUUGUUCAGGUUCCAGCGAAACGAGACAUUGGGGGACUUCCAUUGCAUGAUUAUCAAUUCAAUUUCUAGCUCCAAUCAUAUGCCCACCAUGAAACAGUAAUCUAAGCCGCCCUCGCCCUCCAUGAAACCUUUUCUGACACCUGUCUGCAAAAAAGAAGACACCAUCUGUCAGUUACCUCCUCCUAGACUAUUAUUAAACUCCCCCCACCCUUCACUUCUCUCAUAUUGUACGCUUCUUUUCCUCUUUUUCCAUUUUAUCCGUCCCCAAAAAGACCGCUACCACGCAAUUAGAAAAGGAAUAAUCCGCUUACCACCACUACGUCAUGGCCUCCCAAUAAAAAGUGGGUAAUAAGCGGCAAGAUCAGAAGGAGUGAAAAGGGGAAAUGACGUGCCACGUCAUUUUGUACCUGGGUGAUAGGAGAGCUUGUUACCGCGCUCUAUCGCGACUUGAGGUUUCCAGAGUUUCAGAGCCUUUAGUUGUACGGAGCUUCGUAAGUGGUUCACUUAUUGAAACUUUACUUUUUUGGAGUAUACAAUAGUUUUGUGUCUUCAAAGCAAUAUUUCUCGAGUCUACCAAGACUAGAGCUCACAAAUUUCUCAGUUUCAGACAAGUUAUGAAGUUUCUUCUAUGAAGUUUCUUGAAAACAAAAAAAAACCCAAACUAUGAAGUUUCUUGAAAACGGAACUUUUCUGAUGCAAAACAACGCCCUUUAUAUGCACUUUUGACAGAAAUUGGGAAAAAUCUGGAAAAACGGGCGGUACAGCGGGAUUUUUUUUGCAAAAUUUCAGCGAAAUUCCGACUUCCGCUUUUUCAAUUCAUCCAACUUUGCUCUAAAAGUUUCCCGCUUCGAAAAUGAUCUAUUUGAAACCGCAGAAAACCGUCCGCUUCUCCCCGUUUCCACACCUUUUCCAUCCCAAAAUGUUUGCUCUCUUUUCUUUUCUUUUCAUUCAUUCGAGCUCAAACUCUCCCUUCUUCUUCUUCUACUUCUAGAAAAGCCGCAAAGAUUGCCAAUUGCGAUAAGAGUGAAAUGUGUCUCCGGGAUUAAAAGUUGUUCCCUUUUAUGCUUUCGCUUCCCUUCCCCGAAGACCCCCCCCCCCGUGUACGAAAUCACUGAAAAUGAAACUAGAAAUGAAAAAAAAAGAAGGGAAUGGUGUUAUGCAAAUUGGUGUUUACCCCCCCGGGCCAAAAAAAAGGGGAAAAGGGAGACAUCUCUCUCUUUUUGUCUCUCGGAAGUUGUUACCUCCGAGUGCUUGAGCGAAGAAAAACGAAUGUUUCAUUUGGUUUUUCGGUCCCGCUUGGUUAGUCAUCUUUCUGCAAAUGUGGCAUUGUUUUGGCCAAACAGAAGAGAGAGCCUUUUGAUUCAUUUCCUUCCUGUUCACAACUUUUACUCUUUCACCUGGUGCGUAUAUUUUUGGUUUUUUCGCUACGACAGUUCUUUCUUCAUCUCAUCGGGUUUUGAUUUUCCGUUCCACAUUUAACAGUACAUUUCUGCUGCUAUUUACUUGCAAACUCACAAUUGGCGUUUCCUUUUUCAACUUGUCAGUAAAAUAGUCUGUUCGGUGACUCUGGUCAGUUAUACAAUUCGUCCGAAUUGCAAAAAUUUCGCUAAAGACUCAUCUUGAAACUGUUUUACUUGUUUUUUGAGGCUCUAUGCUCCAAACUGUCGGUGAAUGAUGCGAAAUGUGAAGAAGAACUGAAAACUACGACAUUUCGAGCUUACCUGAACAUCAUCUGGACUCGAAGAACAUGAAUAGAGUUUCUGUUUCAUGCUCUUUACAAGUGUCUAACUGACAGCACUCACAAUACUGAAAUGUUUCGUAUUCCUCUGAAAAUGAACGAGCGUUCCUGAACCCUUAUGGCUCGAAACAUGAAAAGUUCCUUUUUCUUUCCCCCCACUUUCAUAUCAUCUUUUUCAUUUUUUCGGCCCACAUUGCAAGAAGCACAUUUUCCCUCUGCAUCAUCAAAAAAUGCCCGCUUUCUCCGCCCGUUUUUAUCCAUUUUUCCGAUCUGCCACCACUUGAAAAGUGGACGGAUGUCCAUGGCCUUUCGGCUUUUCCGUUCAAAACGAGACUCCGCCCAGGCGUUCGGCGGGAUACGGACCGGGAAAAAGGGGGCGGGGCUUAGGAGGGAUCGAGAGAGAGAGAGAGAGAGAGAGGCAAGGGGGAGGGGGUCCUCUUCUUAUCUCCCCGCUUUGUUUUUGUAGACAAAGAGUGACCACUAGUUGCUGUUUCGCUUCCUUUUCAUAGCCUCUUUUUUGUUUUCAAACUAUUGCACUUCAAUUUUUACAGUUUCAAAGUGCUCAUUUACCGCUAUUCGAACUAAUCAUUUUAAUCUCCCAAACAGAUUUAGCAUAAAAAACUGGAAAAAAAGUGAUUGUUUGGCAAACAUUUUCUGUUUCAGUACAUGAUUAAGUAUAGGAAAAGUAGAAGGUAAUAAUAGUUAGUUAAAUUAUUCAAUUAACGAGAAAUUUGUUCCAAAACCGUGUUCAUCCGAAAAAUUAAGUCUAGAAAUGUCGUUCCUGCCAAUCUUGAGCAAAUUCUGAGCUCUGACUCACCAAAAUGUCCGAAAAUUUAUAAAUUCUACAAAACUUCACCAUUUCACACACUUUCUAUAUCUGAACUCUGAUCCAGUAACACUGAUCCAGUAACAAUCUGUUAUAAAUUUAUUUCUCCAUUCUGCCUGAACUCGUUUGACCUCUCUUUUUUCUCUCUUUUCGGCCAUUGCACAACGUCUUCUCGUGUUCUUUUUGGCCCGUAACAUCUGUGAUUGACUCACGAACACUCACUUUCCCUUUUCUUUUCUCUUUUCGGCCGGCCGAUCAUCGAAAUCCGAGAGCAUCCUUCCUUUCUUUCUUUCUUUCUUUUCUGCUCCACAGCUGCCCCCCUCCUCCUCCUCCUCGGACCGAUUAGCACCACCUUUUUUGCGGUGACUUCUCGACGGGCAGUCCCUUUAAUUAGUCAUUCCACACACACACACAUUCUCUAUGCACCGGAAACACUUCUAUAGAAACGGCGAAAAAAAGGGACGCACUUUUUGGCGAAUGAGCGAUUGGGACCGUGCGAGACUUGGUUUCGGUUUCAAUUGACGCUUUUCGGACCACUAGGUUUUUGUUCGUGAUUUUUGUAAUUUAGUGCCAUCGGAACUUCCGGUAUGCUCAAUUUUAAUAGCUUCUCUCGAGUACGAGUUAUGAUUUCAAUGCCUGUUGCGCCGCUUCCACACUUCUUCCAACUUUUGUGAAACUGCAAUCCUGUCUCUCUUCAACUAUAAACAUCCAAAAUAAUUGCAGUAAUGGACGAAAUCACAAUCACAUCACAUCCGAAAUCCGGUUAUGUCAUCCGAAACAAGCCGUUGCGGCUCGUGUGCCGAGCCAAUCACGCCACACGGAUUCGCUUCAAAUGCAGCUCCAAAUGGGUGAGUUUUGAAGUUUCAUUCGCCUACAGUAGUCCCUCUUUUUGCCGCCAAUUUCGCAAUCGAAAGUGUUCCCAACGGACCGGGGACCAAAGCGGUCCCUAGCAUUAGCGGGGCUCUCCAAAAGUCAAAUCUAUUGUUUACCCAACUUCUCCCCCUUCUUUAUCACCUUUCACUGGCUGUUUGCAACAAUAAUAUUUGGAUUGAAGAUUAUAGAAUCCUCGUCUCAUUUCGAGAUGAGAAACGUUUCGGAAGGCGGUGAAAAGCGGAAUGAAGGCAACGAUAAUUAACAUUUUAUUGACGGGGGGAGGGGGGGGACGGGCGGCCGAAAUGACAAGGUUUAUGAUGGGCGCACAGGACCAGGUGGUCAGAUGGGAAUGCGUGGGCGGACGCGGGGGAGGGGAACGGAUUGCAGUUUCAAGUUGGCCGUUUAGGCUGGACCGUCUAGUUGUGUUCGUUUGUCUUCAUACACCAUCAAAAAUUAGAGGGGUUUCCACAUUCAAAAGUAUCAAUUUUACAUGGAUCGACACAAAAUCCACUUCGUAAAGUCGAUGCGAAAGAGUGUGGAAAAAUGCUCUUUUUCGGCUUUGGAGUUGCGAAUACUUCCCCUCAUUAUCAGUGAAGAAAGAAUUAGAUGAGAAACAGUAACUUUUGAAAUGAAAUCAUUCAAGUUUCAAGAACCCUGUGUUCUUCUAAUUAACGUCAAAAUGUUUCUCAUCGUAAUGGUACUUUCCGCUCACUCUAGUCCUUAUCUUUGAAUCCUCAGUUUCAUAGUGAUCAUAUCAAACUGCUCCAAAGUUGCUCAACGUUUCGGCCCAUUCACAUUUCCUCGAAUAACUUUCCCAUGGGUCACAGGCCGACACGAACUCGUCGUUCGCUGCCCCAUUCCAUUAGUUUACAAGUACAUUAGGAUUGUGCCUCUCUUUUUUCGAUCCCAAUGCUUUUUUGUUUCAUCCUCCCCCCUCCUCGCCCUCUCUUUUCACUAUCAUCAUCAUCACUUUCGAGCACACACACACAUCUGGAGACUGUUUACACUCGUUCGAUACGUGGAAGAGAGGAGAGCAGCAAAGUGUCAAGAAAAUGUAUACGAACCACGAUGCAACAUGUGUUCACUGAGAAAACGGGACUAGCCGGGGGAACCGGGGAGACGGUCCUUAGAGGUUCAUAACAAACACUUGAGGUCUUUGACGGAAAUUGGGUUCUUUUGAGAUCAGCAAGUAUUGAUUGUUCUCGGUAAGACUGUUUUCACCCACCGCUACAUAUAAUAAUGAUUAUGCGGCUAUUAUUCAUGAUCUGUCUUCUCUCUUUCCGAUGAUUAUGCUGAUUGACCUGUUGUUCCCCCUCUCUCUCUCGCUCUUUCUCUUUCCUAUCCGUUCGAAAGGCGAUUUGGAACAAUACCCGCUCCCCGGGAGACCUUCCUUCCCUCCCUCCCUCUUUUUACCCAUUUCUCGUUUUUAGUUGAGAAAAUGGCGCCAGUUAGGUAGGUGGAUGAUACGGUUCACAAGAUUUUUGGGUCAUUUCCAACGAUUUACUAUGGAUAAGCGCAUUUAGUUUUAAGUUUUGUCUCUGUUUCGAAAAGAUGUGACAAGCGAAGAUGAACGCAACUCUUUUCAAUUACAUUGCCAAACUAUUAUAGGGGCACCACCGCACAGAAAUGGCGCUCUGUUGAGAAACUCUUUUCGCGGUGCAAAUUGAGCGGCCUCGGGGCCGAGUUUGAAAAGUUAGGCCACGUUUUCAGUGGAAAGUUACUUCGCGGCCCGGAAAUUCGGCCAGAUUGCGAACAGCGCGCCCUUUCUGUCCGGUGCCCCUUAUAAUAUGUACAACUUUAAGAGAAGCGCGCGGCGAGCAAAAACGUAGAAAGGGGCGUGGCCUAGCGUGCACGGUUUAUCACCAUUUUGGCGCGAAAUUCGAAAUUUAACCCCAUUUUUCAUGUUUUCCGUCAAAAAUUACCCAAAAUUUUGUACGAUUUCGACGAUGUAAUUGCAUAAUAACUUUGUUAAACUAAUCAUCGCGCACUUUUUGAGCUUAAAACGAGCCGGUUUCAUUCAGAAAUGAAUCAAUCGAAUCGAUUUUCAAGUUUUGUGCUGAAAAUGCGCGAAUUUCAGUCAUUCGCCGAUACUUUUUGCCCGUUUGAACGCUUAAAAUACUUGUAUUACCAGUGCUUAAUCACUUCCGACACUCACUUCGUCUCAAAACUAUCCACAUCGGCCGGUAUGAAAAUUCCGAAAUUGCGGCGGCGAUUGGCCGCGGAGGGCGUAUUGCGAAAUAUGCCAAAAACGUCUCAAACGCGGCGUUUUCACGAAAAUUUCAAUGUUUUCUCUCUUUAAUGCCUCUUCUUUCGUCGAUAUCAAACACAAAAAUAUCGGAAAAGUGCUGGAAUUGCGGCAAUUUUCAGAAAACGCGUCUCAGAUUAGGCCACGCCCCUUUUUACACUUUUGGUCGCCAUGAGGAGUGAUGACUAGUCUUUCUAAAACUCAUAGAGCGCUUCAAUUUGCAAUUACAACUAAACUCUCAUUAGAGCGCGCUUGCAUCCCAAAGCACUGAACCCCCCGUACUAAUCGAGUCAACUCCUACCCUUGCUCUUUUGUUUCUGGCUCCUUCUUCUCAACCUUUUUGUGCAAUUCACCAUUCAUACACUCCAUAAAUCAAAGUGAAAUGAGCCCGGGAAUGUACACUCUUUUUUCUCGUGAUGCAUUGCUUUUUCUCUCCUCCUCUCGCCUCCAAAUGCCUGUGAAAUUGGGGGGCCGAAAGAAACCUUAUAAUUAUGUUUUGUUUUGCGACUCGACCAGAGUUGUAGAGAGACGUAUAAUACUCUCUCCUCCCGAGCCUACUUUUCAUUCCUCACAUUCCCAUUUUCAGAUCGACGACUCGCGCGCCGAACAUUUGACUGGAAUCGACUCGACGUCGGGCGCCAACUUCAUCGAAUCGUCCGUCGAGAUCUCGCGGCUCGACGUCGACACUUCCGGCCACGUCGACGCCUUUCAGUGCCAGUGCUACGCUUCUGGAGACGACGAUCAGGACGUCGUCGUGUCCGACAUCGCCGCCGUUCAUCUCGCCUGUCAGUUUCCCUCUUUUUUUUCCUACUUGUAUAAGCAAAAGUGCUGGUGUCGGUUUCACAAAAUUCAUGAAACUGACGUCUUUUUGGUUUUCUAAUACCACUUUACGAAUGAUCUGAUAUUGAACACGUUAUCAGACGUUUUGGCGGGAAAUUCACAUUUCAAAGUGAAUUUUCAUGUCUCAAAUCCAUCCGAUUGGCACUUACUUAUCUUGUAGAGGUGUGAAACGUGCCUGAUUAACGCCUCGAAUUGACAUGUGACCCCUGUCCGAUUCGGCCGUUCUCUCACCUGAUUAAUAGCCAAAUGUUUGUUGUGCGACGUGUCUGUGCCUCCCGCCCACGCACACUGUCUGCCGAAGGAAUCCGGGUGAUUUAUUCGAGGAUACCUGUGAGAGAAGAAGAGAAAGAGAAAGAAGAAGAAGAAGAACACCAGUUGGCGUGUGCUCCACGAGCCAGACCAUUUACUUUUCGAUUUUAAUGCUCUUCCUCCCCCCUCCUCUUUUCCAUUUUGAUAUUGCACUUUUCCGAGAAAGUGUCCGUCGAUGGCUAAUAAUUGAAUUGCAUUUUGUACACUAUUCAACGCCUGUUUUUGCGAGAGAAAGAGAGACAUGUAGUUGGGGCGAGAGAGAAGGAAAUGAGAAAAGUUGUACAAUAGCUGGAGAAGUGUACUGUUUCACUGUGGUCACUUUUCAAGUUGGCAAUAUUUUCUGACUAGUCUGGCCCCACAAUUGCCUUGUUAUUAUCAUUACCGGGAAACGUGAUCUAUCUAUUGUAUGUGUGCAAGUUCGCAAUGUCGACAUUUUUGCAAGAGGAAGCAAACGCGCUCCACUUUCUGUUCGCCAACGAGAAUUACAGUUGAAAAACACUGGAAUUUGAUGGAUUUCCGAGUUGAGCGCAGCGCAUUUGCUUCUUAUUGAUCAGAAGAGCAGAAGUUUGUUUCAGUUUCAUAAAACUCGUGAAAAUGUCGCUUUAAAGAGUGCUUUUUGAUUUUCGCAAUCUGUCUUAUUAAAACAGUAACCGUCAGUUCGCUAACUUUGACACCCGGUCCCUUCCAGUCCGCCGGCCAUAAAGCCGCGACGGCCGUCUCAAAAGUUAUGAGAUUGCCAUCUCUCUCUCUCUCUCCCUCCUUUUGGUCCCCUCGCGUUCUUUCCGGGAGUGACCCAACAACGAAUGGCCGUAAAAGAUUGCGCAAUUGAUAAAACGGUCCUGGAGCACCCGACGAAGAAUUGAUGAUGUCGAUCCAGUGGUUCCACGCACUAUCUGCUGGCAUCUACAUGCACUUUUCCAUUUGCAUACGAACCCCCGGGGACCGCCACCCCAUCCCUCUUCUUUUCGUUUCCUUUUCGCUCAUCUGUUUACUAUUUUCACUUUUUUGGGACCCUAUGUAUAUGUUUAUGUCUAGAUUCGCGCACUAAUUUGUUUAUGACGUGUCUGCGUCUGCGGUCCCUCGUGAGAAGGUCGCCGAACUCUUGAAAUCGAACCCUCAUCCGUUCGGGCUCCAUUUCGGCGGAUUUCGAACGGACCUACAUACAUAGCAAUGUUAUUGGAAUAAAUCUAUUCACUGGAGUUAUUGAAACCUUUAUGAAACUGAAAAAAAUUGGUCCUUACUGGUUAGUUGCACAUUUUCCAUGUUUUCAGUGAGAAAGCAAGGUAUUGUAGAGUUAGAAACUCGAUUUGCUGGCCUUGAAAUACCAAAAUUAGGAGCGGACGUAUCGUUUUGAACCGGACGGUCCCAUAGUUUCACACAACAUCGAAACAGUAACCCCAAAUAUUGACCGAAUGCCUCAUAAACUCGGUGCCAACUUUCCAAAAAUGUCACUUGCCACGUCAUGUCAACUGCCUGUUUGCCUUUUUGCCCCCCUGGUCCCUGUUUGCUCAGCUAAUUGGACCACCUUUCCAUCAUUCCAUUCGCAUCCAAAUACUGUCCGUUUAGAUGCCAACUAAACUUUACGGGCCCCUCUCUCCCUCCUUCUCUUUCUCCCGCCCAUCCGAACGGACGAAUCUGUGUGGACGGCCGAGGCCACGCCCCUUUUUCUGGCGGUACGGCACCCUCUUUUGUCUCAAUGUGUUCGCGGCGCGCAAAUCGCUUUGCAUAGGUGAUUUUUUGCCGUUUUUACCCAGAUUUGGGGCCAGAACUCCUGUCCAACAUUGUGGUUUUUCGGGUUUUUCAGCUAAACACGAGCUUUUGAGGCCUUAGAAAUUGCUAAACCUGAAAUAUCGGACACAAAUUGUGCAAUAGAGCACAUUUGCAUCAUUUUAAGGUAAUCUCGUAAUCAGAUUUGCUCAAUAGACACUUUGAAACAGACAAUUUUUUUCGGUUUCCAAAACUUUUCAAAUUCAAAAGCAUCCCAGAGACGCGCUUGCUCCUUGACAGACAAGUUUCGCCUGCGAACGAACCCUCAACACCUAAUCCCCGCCGCCGUUUAAUCUGCCACCAACCUUCCCCUCCGUUUCCGUUUUCGUUCUCCCCCCAUUCUGACUUUCAUGAUACUUGCUCCGGGCCCACACAAAUAUCGAGUUACCUCGUGCUAAACGAACAAAUAUAGUCCCGUUGAUUGUUGGUGAGAACGGAAGCAAGAAGAGGAGGAGGAGGAGUGUUCAAUAUUCAAUGAACAUGCGCAAGUGUUUGACACAUAUGUCUUCUGUUUCCCCUCCUCCUCCUCCGGUUAUUAUUGAUGCAUUGUAAUUUCCUGUCUCUCUUUCUCUUUGACCCGCUGCUUUUCGAAUACGAUUGUGUGGUCCCCCCACAAAAAGAGAGCCGCCUGUUUGUGCUCUUUCCGUUGCCAGUUGAUACAGGUUCGAGCACCAAACAGAAGGGACCUAUGACAUGAUAAGUCAACAAAUAAACGGGUGACACCAACCAGUACACUACUACGUAAUAGGGGUUGUUUGAAUAGCACAUGACCACUAGAUUACAUUCCGACAUGAGGUGUCUUUUCUGUUUCACACACUUUACAAAGCUUCAGGUGGUUUAGUGUUUAGUAGUAUAUACGUAGGUCGAAAGUAUUACUUUACUGGGCUAAGAAGCAAACGCGCUCCACUAGACUCUUCACAGUGAAUUUUAAGUGACUUGGGAGGUGUUCAGUAGUAUUUAUUCUACAAGUGAUUUACCGUUUCACCAAGUGCUCAGUGACAAACUCUGAAAGUACAAUAGUCUCUAGGCGCACUAGUCUUCUUUUGUCUUCAAUUAUGCUUCGAAAUAUGUGGUCGGAAGAGAAGUAAGUGUUGCCAAUUACACUUCUUCCGAUCCAACCUAUUCUUCGCCUUUUCCUUUGUGUUCGACCUACCCGUACUUCCCGAACAAUCUUGUUUGUCCGCUUGGAUCCGGAAAGAAUAGGCAAGGACAACUGACCGUUUCGUGAGGUUCAUUCGAGGAGAAGAGACGUUUGUACUCAGUUCUUUCAGUUAUACUCUAUCUUUUGAAGUUUUCUUGAUAUUCAGGACCAUAUAGGGUCCAAGUCAAUCCUAAGGAACAUUUUGACCAACCCACGGCCAAAGCGGACUUCCCAAGCCUUCUAGUUGAUCAUUCCGAUUGUAGGUACCUCUUUUUUCACCCCUCACCCGAUCGAUGCUAUCGUAAUUGCUCCUGCCACGUCAUCUAACCUUCUUUCCCACUCCCAAAAAGAUGUCUAUCGGCUAACAACCGUACCACGUCAUCUCGAUAAUCUCCCUCGAUUGUUGCGUAACUUUGUCUGUCAACAAUUAGACUUUCUCUCUCUUCCUCUCUUCUGCCUUCCAUCUAACGAGUCGGGCGGUCCACUUGAAAACGUGAAUGCUCACCCAAUCAGGCUAUACAACUGAAUUCGGACCCCCCAAAUUAACUUGUUGCUUCUUAUUCUUCUUUUUCUUCCGCCAGGGACUUUCCAAAACCAAAAUGAUCCGUCUUUCAGAUAUGCGCAAGCACUUUCUCAAAUCGCCCGUCGCCCAGCGGGUCCAGGAGGGAACGACACUUCAGUUGCCGUGCCAGGCGCCCGAAUCGGAUCCGAAAGCCGAGGUACGUACAUAAAAUGAAAGCGGAACACAUGUUUUAUGCAUCUAUGUAUCAUUGCGGGGGGGGCUAGCAGGUGCGGGAAACCCGAGAGAAAGAAUCUGAGAAACAUCUGGUCGCACUGGACCCACUAACAAUGAUGACCUUAGUGGGAGACUUAAUGAGCCAAGAGGGCACGAGAAGAACAAAACUGGAUUAUGCAAUUCCAAUCCAUCUGACGCAAUCAUCAUCAUGAAUUGCAGCUCGCCUGGUACAAAGAUGGAAACGUGGUGCAAGCAGACGCCAACGUGAUCCGCGCGUCCGAUGGAAGUUUGAUUAUGUCCGCCGCCAGGCUCACGGACAGCGGAAAUUACACGUGUGAAGCGGUGAAUGUAGCGAAUUCGAGGAAGACCGAUCCGGUCGAAGUUCAAGUUUAUGGUGAGUGUUCCAAGAUGAGGCUCAAGAAAUUUGGUGUCAAUCGGCUCUUUUUGAAUGGUAGUAAGGGGAUCCUUAAUUUUGGAAAUUUCUGGGGAGUACACCCUUGUAGCUCAUAGCCAAGUGGUUAGCUUUUUGAGUGCUAGGCGAGAGACAAAAGUUCGAUUCCUCGAGUCGAUUUCACUCUUUUGCUUGGCCUUCCCCACUACCUCUUCACACCCCAUUUACCAAUUCGAACCCCAUUCACAGUCGCAUUCACAUUCGAAAUGCGUUUCAUUUCAAACCGAACCCAACUCACUUGUUACUUUUUUUUUCUUUUCACAUUCGAAAUAGAGAGAGAGAGAGAGAAAGAGAAAGAGGAAAAGAUCGUAAAACUUGAACGUUAUGUAAUUGUGCCCUCCUCCUGUUGUUCUCCUGUUGUCGUCGGCGAAAACGACCUGACGGCGGCACAUUUGAAAAGAGAGAACCGACUAUUAUAUAACUUUUCGCCGAGUGUCUGGCCCCGAUGACUCGUGUCUUUUGUUUUUCGGUAAACGAGCAGGACCGGAGUCAUGUUUACCGGCAGACGGUCCCCGACACGUUUAUAGGGGUCACUUUUACUUGCAUAUGCCUCUUCUCAUUCUCACUUUCCCCCCUUCAACACAUCCAUCUCUUUUUUCAGUCGACGGCGGUUGGUCCGAAUGGUCGCCGUGGAUCGGCACGUGCCACGUGGAUUGUCCCCUGCUCCGUCAGCACGCACAUCGCAUCCGUGACCCGGAUGCCGUCCUUCCUCACCAGAGAAGAACCCGCACGUGCAACAACCCGGCGCCGCUGAACGGUGGCGAAUAUUGCAAAGGCGAGGAGGAGAUGACGAGGAGCUGCAAGGUUCCGUGCAAAUUGGACGGCGGCUGGAGUUCGUGGAGCGAAUGGAGCGCUUGCUCGUCGAGUUGUCACAGGUACCGGACCCGCGCGUGUACGGUCCCGCCGCCCAUGAACGGCGGACAACCGUGUUUCGGCGACGAUCUGAUGACGCAGGAGUGCCCGCAGCAAAUGUGCACCGCCGACUCGUCUCGGAUCGUGAUCAGCGACACGGCCGUCUACGGAUCCGUCGCCUCCAUCUUCAUCGUCGCCUCGUUCAUUCUCGCAAUCAUCGCCAUGUUCUGCUGCAAAAAGAAUGGGAAGAAGUCGAAAGCAAAAAAGCCUCCGAAGAUCGCGGAGAAGUCUGUCGGCGGCAUCUACUAUUCGGAGCCGCCGGGAGUCCGUCGUCUACUUCUGGAGCAUCAGCACGGCACCCUGCUCGCCGAGAAGAUCUCCUCGUGCUCCCAAUACUUUGAGCCUCCUCCUCCGCUGCCUAUCCACCCUUCGACUACUAUGAGAUCCGGCAAAAGCGCGUUCAGCGGAUACUCCUCCACGAGAAAUGCGGGCUCGAGGGCGGCUCUCAUUCAGGAGUGCAGCUCGAGCUCCGGCGGUUCAUCCGGAGGAGGCAAACGCACGAUUCUGAGGACUUCGAGUUCGAACUGCUCGGACGACGAGAACUACGCGACAUUGUACGACUACAUGGAGGAUCGGAGUGUGCUCGGGCUGGACACUUCGCAGAACAUCGUGGCCGCGCAGAUCGACAGCAAUGGCGCGAGGCUUUCGCUUUCGAAGAGUGGCGCCAGAUUGAUCGUUCCGGAGUUGGCGGUCGAAGGCGAGAAGAUGCUCUAUCUGGCGGUCUCGGACACACUCACUGAUCAACCGCAUCUUCCACGUAAGUUCAUCGAGUCUCUACUUGUUGUAUGCUCCCAAUCAUUCCAUUUCAGCCACCGAAUCAGCGCUCUCGCCCGUGAUCGUGAUCGGCCAGUGCGACGCGUCAAUGACCUCGAACUGCCUGCCCGCCAACAUCCUCCGCCGUCCGGUCGUCGUCUCUUUCCGCCACUGCGCCUCCACUUUUCCGCGUGACAACUGGCAGUUCACUCUGUACGCGGACGAGGGUUCCGGCUGGCAGAAGGCGGUGACAAUCGGAGAGGAGAACCUCAACACGAACAUGUUCGUCCAGUUCGAGCAGCCCGGAAAGAAGUGCGACGGAUUCGGAUGGUGCCACGUCAUGACGUACUCACUCGCCAGGAUUAUUCUGGCCGGACAUCCACGCCGCAACUCGCUGAGCGCCUCGAAACGGGUCCAUUUGGCCAUUUUUGGGCCCGUGGAAAUGUCGGCGUACCGAAGGCCGUUCGAAUUGAGAGUCUACUGUGUUCCGGAGACCGGAGCAGCGAUGGAGAGCGUCUGGAAACAAGAGGACGGCUCUCGGCUCUUGUGCGAAUCCAACGACUUCAUCCUCAACGAGAAGGGAAACCUGUGCAUCUGCAUCGAAGACGUCCUCGUCGGCUACGUCUGCGACGGACCGGACGUCGUCGAAAUCUCGGAGACCCAGCACAGAUGGGUGGCGCAGAACGGACUGCACUGCUCGCUAAAGUUCCGUCCGAAAGACCCCCAUCAGAGUCCGCCGCAGUUCUCGACGCGAGUCAUCGUCUACCAGAAGGCCAGCUCCACGGAGCCAAUGGUGAUGCACGUGAGCAACGAGCCCGAUCUGUACGACAAAACGAGCGAGGAACGAGAGAAGGGCUCCGUUUGCGUCGAGUUCCGGCUUCCGUUUCCCGUCAAGGACGAACUGGCGAGGCUUCUGGACAUGCCGAAUGAGGCGCAUUGCGAUUGGAGGGGACUCGCGAAGAAGUUGCACUACGAUCGAUACUUGCAGGUGAGAAAUGAGACCAUUAGAACUAUUGUGUUAAACUUUGAAGGACAAUAACAUCUUCAUACCUAGUUUGAUACGUUUUUUGAACUAGCACUUCUAAGCCUACCUCGGCAAUCGUUUGUAGCUUUUAGAAAGUUGCUCAAAAGUUGCGGAGAACCUGCAGCACUCCUACAGCACUCUUAAGAGUGGCUGUUCCAAAAAGUUCUCAACUAGAAAAAUGAAGUACUAGACAUACAGGCUACAAUCUAAAAAGAUUGAGUCAAAAUCAAUGUUCGCAGCUCUGUUAUACUCUAAACUUUUCCAGUUCUUCGCCUCGUUCCCGGAUUGCUCGCCGACCUCUCUGCUGCUGGAUCUUUGGGAAGCGUCGUGCUCCGGCUCGGCGCGAGCAGUGCCCGAUCUGCUCCAAACCCUCCGAGUGAUGGGUCGUCCGGACGCGGUGAUGGUGCUCGAACGCUUCCUUUCCGCGUUCCCUCAAAUCGUCUCGCCAUGA